AUGAUCUUUUUAUUAUCUCUAUUCAUAGCAUUAUAUGGCUAAGCAGUGUAUCCAUCUUACAAUGUGUACCUGACCUAAGGAGAGACUUAUUCGCUGUAUCUGAAAGAAUUAUUUUAAUAAUAAAUACUAAAUUUCACCAUUCAAGAUAACCCUGACAAUGUUCAAUUACUUAAAGCCUUAAACAUAUUUUCUGAAUAGAAUAACAGUAUUAUGAUAUUUCUUAUUUAGAUUAAACAUUUACUUCAAUAUCCGCCACACCACCAUUCUAUUUACUAAUUACUUAAGUGAAUAAAUUAAAUGUAUAUUAAUGGAAUUCUUCAUAUGUCAAUCUCAUAAAUUAAGUGGAUUUGCCAUAGGAAAUAUGUUUGAAUGCUUUAUUAUUUGUAGAGAAUUCUAUAUUAAUUGACUGCUACAAUCUGACCAACUUAAAUAUGUAUUUAUAUCAAGAGAAUGUUUGGACUAUCGCCUACUCCAAAAUAGUUCAAUAAAUGCCAAAAAAUACAGACCUUAAAUCAUUUACUAGUAAUUAAAUUAACUCUAUUCUUUAUGCUUAAUACUAUGAUAACAAUUAAAUUUUAACCCAGUUUCAAUUUGAUCACAAUUUAUUAUUCAAUAUAUCCAACUGGAAAUUCCCAUUUAUAAACUUCAUAGUUUCUAAUAAAUUGCAAUCUCAAAAUACGAUUUACUUAUGGGAUUAUUUCACUUUAUAUCUAUUAAAUUUAACUUAAGAAGGGUUAAACUUAACCAAAAAUUAUACUUUUCCCUAUUAAAUUAUAGAAGUUUAAAUAUUCAACCCAUAAAUAGUGUUUUAUGAAUGUGAUACCUUAUUAGUAAUGAGCAUAUUUACGAACUAUUAUUCAAUAAUAUGCAAUUAAGCAAUUUAAGAAUUAUAAUAAUUAAGCAGCCAUCUGAAUCAUAAUAUUACUUAAUUCCAAACUUUCUUAAGUAAUUAGUUCUUAAUUUUAUAAUUAUUUGAUCUAAUUCAGAUUUAUGAAAAUGUCAACCUCAACUUUAAAUUAAUCGGAGCGAUUACUUUAAACUCCUCAUCUACUUAAGUCUCCUUCGAUUAUAAUAGCAAUGAGUUAUUUUUAUUUGAUAAUACGAAUAUUUUAACUUAUUUGGUAGAAACUCCUCAAAUAAAGUUCAUAUCUAACUAGAAUUAGCAAAAUUAUCAAUUAAUUCUAAUAGGAAGUCAGAAUUAAAUAAGUGAAACUUAUGAAGUUCUAAAUUUUACAGUAUAAUUAAAUGUCAGUGUUCUCUAAAAUGAUGAUAAUAAAGCGUAUUUAAUUUAUGAGAAAAAUAUUGAUAAAAAUGCCUAUAUAUUUUAAAAUCAAAAUUACGACUAUGUAAUAUCACAAUACUCAGGUUCUCUAUUUACUGCUAAUUUCUCAGUAGAAAAUUCAAGUAUGGGAAACUUUAAUGAUAUAACAUUUUAAAAUGUAGGGGUCAUAAAUUUACCGUUUUAAAAUUUACAAUUUCUGAAUAUCCAUUAUGCUGUUGGAAUAAAAAACCAAAAUAUUUAUUUAUUAAAUUUAGGGGAUGAUUCGUUCGAUCAAUUUUAUUUCGAAAUCAUUUGGAAUAGUACAAUUAAUCCUUGGAUUAAUCUGAAAAAUAACCAAAUUUAAGGCUAUGCUUUUGAUGAUAUACUUUUUGGAGUUUAAAUUAACAGUUAAUAAUUAUAUAUAUGUCAGUAUCUUAGAAGCAAUAUAAAUUAAACCUUUAUUUUAACAUUUUAACCCUUCUAAUAAUUCUACUUGCUAUUCUAAUAAGUUGUACUUCUACUUGAAUCAAAUAUUAUUUAAAUAUGCAGUAUGACAGGGAAUUGCUCAAAUUUACAAAUCAAUCAUUCUAGUAAUUACAGUGUUACUCCUGUGGGUAUAGUAUUGAAUUAAUUUUCAAUUUCAUCAACUUUACUUAUUAAUAACAAUUACAGUAGUAUUAUUGUUGGAUAAAUAACACAAGAGAAUACUUACAUUACUUAUAGUAUAAUAAAUGUUGAAAUUUCGGUUUAAGAUAUGAAAAUUGUAAAUAAUCGUUUAAUUUUAAACUAUAAUUGCUAAAGUAGUUAAUUUAUUUGUUUUUAAGUCUGGAAUGUUCAAAAUUUAAACUUUCCAUUUCUUGAGAAGAAUUUAAGAAGUAUUUAGAACUCAAAUAAUGCCCAAUAUUUUGCUGAUAAUCUUUUUUAUUAUGUUCAGACUAAUAAUUAAAUCUAUGUUUAUAACCCUGCUCUGAUUGAACAUUCUACAUUAUUUUAUACAUUUAACUAUUCUGGAUCUUAUUUUACGAGUGCUUCUACUGAUUUGGCUCUAAUUUCAUUCAAUUCCUCAUUUUAUUUGUUAUCUCCACUUUUAGUAUACACUUAUCAAAAUAUUAUUUCUAAUACGAUCAAGAAUGAAAUUAGUACUUUGUAUAAUAAUUACAAUGUUUCAGUUUCAUCUUAAAUUGGAACUCAAUAAGUUAUCUAAACUUCUUCAAAUUAACAAAUUAUCACUUUGAAUGAUUUUUUGAAUAUUUAAUUGAAUAAUUAAACAUAUAUGGUUUCUAAUAUUCAUGAAACAAUAACAUUGGACAAUAUAACUUUCAGUGGACAAAUAUUAUGGUUUUAAAUUAAUUGUUCAAGUUCAAACUCUCAAGCCAUCAAUUUUUUGAAUUAAACAGAUUUGAUUAGUUUGAAGGACUCUGUAAUUGCUGUGUUUAAUUAAUAAAUCUUAUGUUAUCACAACAAUUAGUCAAAUUUCUUUUUAUAAAUUUAUAACGUAACUUCAGAGGGGGUUUUAAUUUAAGCAUCAAAGAGGUAAAAUUAUAAUCAAAAUUGUAUUCAUAUUACUGCAUUAAUGAAUGCUUAAUACAUAUUUUUGUUUUGUUAAUAAUCUGAUUUACAAGGAUAUUAACAUUUCGAUUUAUUUAAGAUAGAUAUAAAAAACUAAUAUUUAAGUGACAUUAAUUAUUUAGCUAGUUUCGAUAUUUUAUCAUCCUAAAAUCCUAUACUACAGGAAGAUAUUUUGUACAUUUUUUAGGAAUACCUUAUUACAAUCUUUUAUGUCUCUACAAAUAUGUUUUAACGUAUCCAGACUUUAUGUUGCAUGCUUAGUUUUCAGUCUUUUGCUUUUUAACAUUAAAAUUCUUCAUACUAUGCCAAUAUUUAUGUAUGUAAAGAUAAUGAAAAUAUAUAUUAUCAAUUAGGAAAACGUAUUUCACAAAAAUAAAUAUAGUUUAAUUUACCUAAAUAUAUAUAUAUUAAGGAUAAGUUCUAUUUUGAUUCUUAAGUUGUAGGAAUCCUUAUAGUUUCAUCAUAAGUGAACCAGAUUUCAAUGAUGUGCUUUAUCAAUCAAUUUAGCAUUAUUAUCAAACUUAUAUAUAUGGUUAAUGAAAUGGAUUUUUCGCAAUCUACUCUAAAAUUCAAACGAUUAUUGUAUUAUUCUCCUCAAGUAAUUAUUCAAAAUUCGUAAGAAUUAAUUGGUGCUGCUAUCUCAAGCGGUUUAGUCUUUGUAAGUUAUGAAUUUGGUGUUGUUAUUUACAACAUUUCUAGUUUAGAUUUAAAUGUCGGAAAUUUGGAUUACCCAAUUUUACCUUCGAGUAAUUUAUCAUAAAGUUUAUAUCAUUUAUAGAUCUUAACAUUUAAUAGUUCUUAUGGGUUUAUAUUUAGUUAUGUAAACUUUGUAAUUAGUAGCUUUAAAAUUUAAAUCUAACUUACGAAAGCAACAGAUUAUUGCACCUUAACUGCAUCUAAUUUAGUGAAUUAAAAGAUUGCUAAUUAUACUUUAUAUUUUUACUCCUAAAUAGAUUUUGGAUUUGAAUAUGCUUUGUUAGCAUUUAUGAUUGUAGUUUUUUUAGCAGCAUUAACAUUUUUAUGGUACAAUACCAAAAAUUAGAAAGAAUAAUUUGGGCUAGAAGAAUUUGAAGGAUUCGAGAUUGACACAUUCUAAUGA